AUGGUGAGGUUCGUCGACCUUGAGGGUGAUGCCUUCACUGAGCAUCCAGGCGCUACCUUUUCCUUGGAGAAGCCGUUCCCGCCCAGGCUGAUGGUCGCGCCUAUCGCGUCCAUGGCAGCAGCUUCAAAUGAUUUUCCCUCUUCUCCAACCUCGCCAGACGAUGAACGCGAUAUCCAGAACAAACCCUCCAGCUCUGCCACCAACGCAGACACAGUUCAGAAUCCGGACAAUCCCAACCGGAAUGCCUUCUCCGCAGCGUUGAACUGUUAUCCUGUGGUCAAGGAAAUUGCUCGUGCGGUCGAUCUAAACACUUUACACGCCCUGUCGCGAACAUGUCGCCAAUUCCACGUAAACCUGGCACAAUUCCGACACCAGCUAGUGCGUGAGACGCUCCGCUGUGAGAACGAGUAUAUCGAAACAGUUACGGACAUGUUAGAUGGCGGAGCCAUGAUCUCUAACAAUGUCAAGUCGAUAUUGAGAAUUUUGAGUCAGGAAAGCUCAGAGUCAGGCCGUAUGACACGCGGGAAAGUAGGCAGAUGUGCACGCGACAUGGUGGGCGAGUGUCGUCGAUGCGGUAAGGUUGUUUGCAGGAAUUGCACAAUCAAACCGCCGUCCCAAACAGCCAUGAAGGCUCGUAUUCGUCGUCUCUGUCGCACAUGCAAUACUGCACCACUAUCUCGCCAUCUUUUGUUAGUGGAAAAUCCAUCAAUAUGCACGGAAUCUACAUCUAAGGCUGAAAAAGACCUUUGUAGCAAAGGCUUCAAGGCUGCCGCUCUCGCACAGAGUAUUUGCAAUUGCUCUGAUGCACUCUGGCUUUGUGUCCAGUGUGGGCAAACGCUCCGCAGCAACGACACAACCUACCGCCGUGUCUGGGCCUGGAGAACACGAUACAGUACGUAUCUAGGUGGUGGACUGGGAACAGGUAUCGGUGAAGGAUGCCAAGGUGUGAAGUGUGGACGUGGUGAAGGCUGUCUUGCAGCACAGGAGAUCGAACUUGAAGUCGACUGUGAGGCGGAUGAGGGAUCGAGUGGUACUAGCAGUCCUGGCUAUUAUAGCCCUGGAAGCCAUCCCUCUGUACCUGUGUCUGCCUCGUCAGUCUAUCAUCAAGAACUUGUUGCAUCAGAUGGCCAUGAUGAUGAAGAACCUGGAUAUUUUCGACAAGAGGUCAUUGGGCUUGGUGGAGUUGUCAAGCAUAAGUCAAAGAAGAGGGUUAUGGUUGGCGCUUGCGUUGUUGAGUAUGAGGAUGAAAGAGAGACAGGGAAAUAUCUUCUUAGAGAGGAGUGUGGAUCGCAUCGUUCUUGGUGUGGGUGGUGUUCAAGAGUUAUUCCCGCAGACAGGGAAAUUUGA